GAAUGUGGGACAUGUUAUAUGAAUGUAUAUGUGUUACAUGAUCCAAUCGCACAACAACCCACACACCCACUUGAAUCGCACAACACCCACGAAUCACACAAGCCCUUUGGGCCGUAAAGCAACAAAAUCGUAUCACUUGAUUCAGUUUUAUCAUUUGGUUUCGAUAAAUCAAAGACAGAAGAACCAAACUUCCAACUGGAUUGAGGGUUUUAACACGACAAGAAACAAGAAUUGAAGAUAAUAACGGUCAGCCAUGGCAUCAAUGAGCUUCGCCGCUGCGGCACAACCGUUUCUCAAAAGAGCAAUACCCAACCCUAGCUUCUUCACCUUCUUCAACAAUAAGUUUCACCCCUCUUUAUUUCAUGCCCCUUUGACUUCUUCAGGUGUUGGUAUAUGUCACUUGGCACAAGCUGCAAAGGGUGAAACUGAGGUUUUACUCAAGGGAGUUGGUGAAAGAGGCUCCAAUGAAGAAGUGAAGCAUAUUAUUGAAAUGGCGAAACGAGCGUCGAUACGGCGUGAAGUUCUCCAUACAGAUUUUCUCACACCACCCGUCUUAAAAGAGUCCAUGAUGAUUAUAGAAAAGUUAGCAGAUGUUAACACAUCGGUUCAAGGUGGUUACCCUGAGGCUGAACGAUGUCGGCUCUCAGUUGGACAUCCGGAAGUAUUGACAGCUGAUCCUGACAUCGUGGCUGCAUUAAGUAUUUCCGGGAACUUUGGGUUUCAACCUUGUUCACACGGUGACUUUCUUGGUGCUAUUCUCGGCACUGGGAUCGUAAGAAAUAAAUUGGGGGAUAUUCUUUUACAGGGUGAAAAGGGCGCCCAUGUUCUUGUUGUUCCGGAGCUAGUUGACUUCCUUACUAUGUCACUCGAUAAGGUGGGGAACGUACCCGUCACGUGUAAAAAAAUGCCAUUGAUUGCCCUUGAAUAUGAACCACCAAGGACUAGAACGUUCAAAACCGUAGAAGCAUCUAUGAGGAUUGAUGCCAUAGCAAGUGCAGGAUUCAAGAUAUCACGAUCAAAGCUAGUUGGGUUGAUAAGUGAUGGAGAUGUGCGUGUUAAUUGGGUGACGGUGACAAAAAACAAUACGACUAUAAAAAGCGGAGACAUGAUCUCUGUGAGUGGGAAAGGAAGAUUGAAGAUAGGAGAAGUGAACGAAACCAAGAAAGGAAAGUUUGCAGUUGAGCUCAUCCGAUUUCUAUGACUUGAUGGAGAUAUGAUGGCUACAGGGCUCUAACAUUGCUAUUAAUUUAAGCCAAGGUUCCGUACAAAAAGUAUACAAAACAGUAUUUUUUAAUCAAAAUGAAAAUGUCUUUAAAUUAUUCGAAACACUUGAUCAUUCAUGUUUAACAUGUUGUUUACAUUGGAGAGCCAAACUAACCAAGAAGGAAGUUUGCAUUUGAGAUCAUAUAAUGAUGAGUUACUCCAGGUUUAGUCAUCAUGAAUGGCAUUAACCGACCAUA